AUGGCCAAACGUUCUAACACAUCUGCCCACAACAGGAGCCACCAGCACCACCGCAAUGGUAUCCAUAAGUGCGUUGUCAAGAAACUCUGGUUCGAGAAGGGAAUGAACGCCAAGUUCCUCCGCAACGCUCGCUAUGCUAAGGCUGGACAGAACAAGUCCGAAGAGGAAGAUGAGUAA